UCUUUCCCGGGUGAGUUCCGGCUCCUGCAGCCUGGGGGCGGUGCUGCUUUUGCGUGGCCUGACCCGGGCUCGCCCCCACCUGCAGGCGGUGCUGGCUAUGGCCGCCUCCAGCGGGCCGCCCCGUGCUCGGGCUCUGCUGCAGCAAUGUUUGUCCGCCCGGCUGCAAGUGAAGCCCCCAGAGCCGGGCUCCGAGGCUGAAUGGGUGGAGAUCCAAAAAGGACUGGUUAUCUACGUAUGCUUCUUCAAAGGAGCCAGUGAGGAACUCAUUCCAAAAAUGGUUAACACGCUGUUGAAUGUUAAAUUAAGUGAAGCCGAAAGUGGAAACUAUGUUUCUGUUCUGGAUUUACCAGGCAAUUUAUUAAUAAUACCCCAAGCUACUCUGGGUGGUAAGCUGAAGGGACGAAAUAUGCAGUACCAUUCCAACAUUGAAAAAGAAAACGGGAUGGAACUUUAUUCCCAUUUUGUAACAUUGUGUGAAAAAGAACUGGCUGCUAAUACGAAAUGCACUGAAGCAGGUGUUGUUGUCAAGUAUGGCACAUAUGGAAACAGACAGGUGUUAAAACUGGAUACAAAUGGACCUUUCACUCAUAUGAUUGAAUUUUGAAAAAAAAACGAUAUUGUAUACUGUAUAUUGUAUAUUGUCCAGCAUCUGUAGAAUUUCUUAUUUAAAAGUGAUAAUCAUUUAAAUUGAUCGGCAUGGGAAGAAAUCAAACUUUUUUUCUGAAAAUUUAUGCAAGUGUUGUCCAUCCAGUGAAAUGCAUUAUUAUUAAAAAGAGUCUAACACUUUCUUGUGGCUAUCUGUGUGUAUGUGUAUCUAAAAUAUUUUGCUAAUAGUGAUUAUUUAAGAUUUAUUGUAGUGAAAAUAAAGCAGAAGUUCUUUUAACAUUUAUUUAAGGCAAAAAUAAUAAGUUUUCUGUUGCUUUAAAAACAUGAAGAAAUGUUUAAGUUUAUUAGGAAGUAGAUAAAAAAACAUGGGGAAAUGGGGAGUCUGUACAGAAGGGAUGAAUUCCACAGGUUCAGGUCUCUGUUCCUGCAUGGAUGUAAGCAGAUCACUUUAGCCUUUCUUUUCUGCAGUUCCCUAUAGGUAAAAUCAGACUUCCCUAUCUCUCAGUGGUGGGAGUGAGUAAAUAUAUUAAAGGUUGUCAGGCACUCAAAUACUACUAAUAGGACUCUCAUUACGGGGCAGGCAUGAUGGUCAAAGGGCUAAAACAAGGGAACUUAAAGGGACACUGAACAGAGAGCCCUGGAGAGUGCCCACUGCUCUUCAAAAGCAUCGAAGGAGCCAGCAGAUGCCAUCCAGAGGAAUUCUGCCUGGAUGCAGGAACAGAUAAAGGAAUGGAAAUAGGCCUCACAGUCACAGCCCCUUCCCUCAGCUAACCCUUACUUCCCUGGUGUUAUGAAUGACUAUCGCGGCAAUAGCCAGGAGGAGAUUGAUGAUUAGAUCCCAUCACUUUGUGUGGCCAAGGAUGGGGUGUGUGCAUAAAUAAGUGAGGGGAGAAGUGCAGCCAGAAUCUCAGUAACAGGUUCUGAAGGUGUCAAAAGAAGGGUUGUAACCUGGCAUACUGAAAGGAGAGAUGUUCCAUGGUCUCCUUCCCACCCCAGAAGGGGCAAGCUUCAGGGACAUGAUGAACCGCAGCAAGUACACACCUAUGCUCACAGCACCAUGCAGAAUCCAAUAACUGAUGUCCUCUGUGGGCUGCAGGACCAAGGUGGAAUCCAGAAUCAUGCCAGGAAGAUGUAUUUUGUGGUGGCACUAGGAUCAAUAUGACACAUCCCUGCCACCAGUCAUGUACCUUUUGGAAAGAAGCCACAGGGAAGAAAAGCUAAGGACAACUGCUACAGAAAGCAGUUCAAGCAGGGAUGAGAGAUCACUGAUGAUUUCUGACUGCUUAUUGAAGUUUUUGCUGUGUUUUAUGCCCCGCGAUAAUUGGCUCUUUGCUCCAUCCCCUUGCUUCCUUUU